UAGCCUGGACAUCAGCCCCUCCUCCGCGCUUGCAGACUCCGGCCAUGGCGGGGCCUGAAUGGGAGUCGCUGGAGCAAUGUUUGGAGAAGCAUCUGCCACCCGCAGACUUGAGGGAGGUGAAACGCAUUCUCUAUGGCAAGGAAACCAGGAAGCUUGAUCUGCCCAGCAGGGCUUUUGAAGCCGCCUCCGAAGGGGACUUUGAACUGCAGGGGUAUGCCUUUGAGGCCGCAGAGGAGCAGCUGAGACCUCCUCGGACCGUGCGUGUGGGACUUGUUCAGAACAGAACUCCCCUGCCUGCAGAUGCCCCUGUGGCAAAACAGGUCACUGCCCUUCACAGACGCAUAGAAUCCAUUGUAGAGGUGGCCGCUGUGUGCGGAGUGAACAUCAUCUGUUUCCAGGAAGCAUGGACUAUGCCCUUUGCCUUCUGUACGAGAGAGAAGCUUCCUUGGACGGAAUUUGCUGAGUCAGCAGAGGACGGACCCACCAGCAGAUUCUGUCAGAAGCUGGCAAAGAAGCACAACAUGGUGGUGGUAUCUCCUAUCCUGGAACGAGAUAGAGAGCACGGGGACGUUCUGUGGAACACAGCUGUGGUGAUCUCCAAUUCCGGAGCAGUCCUGGGAAAGACCAGGAAAAACCACAUCCCCAGAGUGGGCGACUUCAACGAGUCAACUUACUACAUGGAAGGAAACCUCGGACACCCCGUGUUCCAGACUCAGUUCGGGAGGAUUGCAGUGAACAUCUGCUACGGGCGGCACCACCCUCUCAACUGGCUCAUGUACAGCAUCAAUGGGGCUGAGAUCAUCUUCAACCCCUCAGCCACCAUUGGAGCGCUCAGUGAGUCCCUGUGGCCAGUUGAGGCCAGAAAUGCAGCCAUUGCAAAUCACUGCUUCACCUGUGCCAUCAACCGAGUGGGCAAGGAGUACUUCCCGAACGAGUUUACCUCUGGAGAUGGGAAGAAAGCUCACCAGGACUUUGGCUACUUUUACGGCUCGAGCUACGUGGCAGCCCCGGAUAGCAGCCGCACCCCCGGGCUCUCCCGCACCCGGGACGGGCUGCUGGUUGCUGAGCUCGACCUGAACCUCUGCCGGCAGGUGAAUGACAUCUGGAACUUCAAGAUGACCGGCAGAUAUGAGAUGUACGCUCAGGAGCUCACCGAAGCCGUCAAACCCAACUACAGCCCCAAUGUCGUGAAAGAGUAGCUGGAUUUUAGCCCCUGCCCGCCAAGGAGGGCACCUCUGCCCCUGGCAGAUCAGCAAGUACAGCAGGCUUUACACGCCCAAGUUCUCCCUGAUGAUGUCCUGAUAACACUGUUGAUUUAAAAAUGUUCCAGGCCGGGAGGGUAGAUUGAAGAGUAACUGCAGUGGGUAUGAGGUUUCCUUCCUGGCUGACGAAAUGUUUUGGGCCUACACAGAAGUGAUGGUUACACAACACUGUGAAAGUACCCAUGUGAAAUGCCACUGAAUUGCAUGCUUUAAAAUGGCUAAGUCCAUGUCACGUGAAUUUUACCGCCAUUAAAAAAAAAAAAUCUCAGGCACUGAUGGUGCAGGUGGAUUUGCAGUUAGACACA